AUGAAUAGAUACCGCUUGACAUUGUUACUGGUAGGUGUUUUAUUCCAUUUAUUUUAUCUAUGGUCCAUUUUCGAUAUCUAUUUCAUUUCUCCAUUGGUGCAUGGUAUGCACCAUUUUAGGAGUACUGAUACACCACCUGCUAAGAGAUUAUUCCUUAUAGUCGGUGAUGGGUUACGUGCAGACACAACUUUUGAUUUAAUUACACAUCCAACAACUGGGAAAACUGAAUUUUUAGCUCCAUUUAUAAGGUCCCUGGUCAAAACCAAUGCGACAUAUGGUAUUUCUCAUACAAGAAUGCCAACAGAAUCUCGUCCAGGUCACGUUGCUAUGAUUGCUGGCUUCUAUGAAGAUGUCAGCGCUGUUACGAAAGGGUGGAAGGAAAAUCCCGUUGAUUUUGAUAGUUUCUUUAAUCAAUCUACGCAUACUUACUCGUUCGGUUCACCAGAUAUUUUACCUAUGUUUAAAGAUGGGGCUUCUGAUCCUAACAAAGUUGACGCAUGGAUGUACGGCCACGAAUACGAAGAUUUCACACAAUCAUCAAUCGAGUUAGAUGCCUACGUGUUUAGACACCUAGAUUCUCUUUUCAAGAAUUCUACUUCCAAUGUUACCUUGGACCACGAAAUCAGACAAGAAGGUAAUGUUUUCUUCCUGCAUUUACUAGGUUGUGAUACUGCCGGACACUCUUACAGACCAUACUCAGCAGAAUAUUAUGAUAACGUUAAGUAUAUCGAUGAACAAGUUUCGUUAUUGGUGGACAAGGUUCACGAUUUCUUUGGCGACGAAGAUACAGCAUUUAUAUUUACAGCUGACCACGGAAUGAGUGCUUUUGGUUCCCAUGGAGAUGGUCAUCCAAAUAAUACAAGAACUCCAUUAGUGGCAUGGGGAGCAGGUUUAAAUAAACCUGUAAAAAACGAAGUACCCAUUUAUGAUAAUUAUACUGAAUCCUGGGGUUUGGCAGACAUAAAAAGAAAUGAUAUUAAACAAGCCGAUAUUACACCAUUGAUGUCUUACUUAAUUGGUGCGAACUACCCUGCAAACUCUGUAGGUGAACUUCCAUUAUCUUAUAUUGAUAGCAAUGAAAGUCAGAAAUUAAAGGCACUUUAUAAUAAUGCUAGAAGUAUCCUGGAGCAAUAUUUAGUCAAAGAGCAAGAAGUUAUUGAGUCUCAAUUUAUAUACAAAGAAUACCCCAAACUAUCAGACAAGUCACACAAGCAAUAUCUGAAGGAAAUCCAUCAUUUAAUCGACCUGAUAGCCGACGGUGAACUUGAUUUAGAGAAUGAAGCGAUUACACUUACCGAAGAGUUGAUGAAAGUUACAUUAGAAGGGCUACAAUACUUAACUACCUAUAACUGGAGAUUUAGAAGAACUAUUGUAACUUUCGGAUUCCUCGGUUGGAUUCUUUAUUCAUUUAUUAUUUUUUUAAAAGUUUUCAUUAUACCUGGAACUAUGGAUCACUUGCAUACUUCACUUUUGAAUUAUAGUCUUUUCUUCUCGGUUGGUAUUGUUUUGAAUUGGAUUCUUUAUUACCAACGCUCUCCGUUUAAUUUCUACAUGUACUUGGCCUUCCCGUUAUUUUUCUGGAGUCAAAUUUUAACCAAUAAUAUUGUAUUGACCCAUGGUAUUAAGGAGUUUUUUAAAGGAACUACAACUCUGAAUAAGAUCGUCUCGGGAGUUUCUAUCCUUUUCAUAUACGAAGGUAUAGUAUAUGGAUUCUUCCAUCGUUGGAUCUUCACUUUAAUUUUCAAUAUAUUAUCGUUCUAUCCAUUAAUCUGCGGAUUAAGAAAUAAUAUCUUGAAUCUUUCAUGGAUAGCAACGUCAGUGUUCAUUUCCACGUUUACCCUUUAUGAUGCGGUUAAAAUUGAAAGUUUGACUCAAAUUAAUAUUGCAGGUAUUCUAAUAGCAAUGGGUAGUCUAAUCGCUCUGUUCAAAAUCUACAAAGAUAUCACUCGAUGCACUUUAAAUAUCUUUUGUAUGCAGAUCAUGUUGAUUAUUGGAAUGUUGUUUUUCACAAACAAGUCAGUUAUUUCAUUACAGGCUAGAAUGGGGUUACCUCGCGAUGCACAAAUCGGUGGAUGGGUAAUUACUUUAUUAUCUUUAAUUGUAAUGCCAUUUCUACAUUACACCAAAUCUAGUAAUGAUUAUAGGGUAAGAUUAUUGAGCAUAUAUCUGACGUUCGCUCCAAUCUUCCUCAUUUUGACCAUAUCAUUUGAAUCUUUAUUUUAUUUCUUAUUCACUGCAUAUAUCGUUCAAUGGAUAGAAAUCGAAUCGCAAUUGAAAUUGAAAGAAAGCGGGAAACAAAAGAAUUGGCUUCAAGUCUUGAGAGUUUCAAUUAUUGGAUUUUUCUUGUUACAAGUUGCAUUUUUUGGAACUGGUAAUGUUGCUUCCAUUUCAUCAUUUUCUUUAGAUUCAGUUUAUCGUCUGAUACCAAUUUUCGAUCCAUUCCCAAUGGGGGCAUUACUAAUGUUGAAAUUAAUUAUUCCAUAUCUCCUUCUAUCAACUGGAUUAGGAAUAUUGAAUUUGAAAUUGAAUAUUCAUGAUUAUACGAUUUCGACGUUGAUUAUUUCUACUAGUGAUAUCCUUUCAUUAAACUUUUUCUAUCUUUUGAAAACUGAGGGAUCAUGGUUAGAUAUUGGUGUAACUAUCUCCAAUUAUUGUUUGGCUAUAUUGUCGUCACUAUUUAUGUUACUCUUAGAAGUUGUUGGUCAUGUUCUUUUGAGAAAUGUUUCUAUUCAUUCAAUCGUAGAUGAGUUAAGCAUGGAUGAGAAAAAGAGGAAGUAG